UCAAAUUGGGUUAGUCUUUCACUGACGUGUCAAAGCUCUUACUGUAGCGUAAACAAAAGUUAGCUGUCUAAGUACCCAGGAUAAUUGCAAAAGACCGUAACUGAAGUUCCUGGUUCGGUGCCUGGCUUCGGGCGAUCGCAGCUCGUUCCACAGUACAGGCUGGUGACUCUCCUUCGGGCGCGAUCGCAAGGGGGUGCCUUCUGUGAGCAAAACGAGGUUCGCGGUCAAGGGAUCCAACAAGCCCAAAAGAUUAAUUGCAAACCAAAAAACUCUUUAUUAAAGUGUAUCACUUCCUAUGGUAAUUACAGCUUAGCGGAAGUACGUCAGUUGUUAUCUGCUUUGCUGCUGCUGCUGCACUGUACAAUUCAGACAGAGAGAAAAAAAAUCUUCCUUCUCUCUUGUCUCUCUGCCCCUUUAAGAGCUCGCAGGAAAGCUUUAAAUUAAACACUUCUUCUCCGAUUCGGUUGGAUUGGGUUGCAGACUGAGACCCAGGGCGAGGAUUUAAGCGAGGGUCCAGGUUCGGGACGCGGCUGGCUUUUUUAAUGGAGAUGGGGGUGUUUAAAAUAUAAGGGGAACAAGCACAAAAAUCAGAGAACAGAGCGAGAAGCCUUGGAAAGGGCAGCUUCUAAUGCCUGUUUCUGCUUUGGUGUGAAACUGAUCAAGCAGCUGGAGAUUUUCGCUGAUGAAACUUACAAAUAGGAAGCAAUCGGCUGGGGCUCUUAAUAAUAUAAUUGUUUUGGUUCUUGCAAAAAAAAAAAAAAACAAAAAUGCAAAGAUUGUUUAACGUCGAGACCCUGUGCGGUGAGUAAAUAGAUCCCCCUACCACCUUGGAGUGGGAGAGGGAAAUAGUGGAGGUUUUAAAUAACAUAUUCAACAGAAUUGCGGAUUUCAGCUCCUGUAAAGUUGCACUUGCAAAGCAUGUCCUAUUUUUGCUUUGGAUCUGGCAGCUGGCUCUCAGGAUAAGAGGGAAAGGAGAUCCCUGAAUUUCCUAAGUGGAUCGACACACAGAUCUCUGUGGAUUAUUUAUGCAAACGGCUUGAUCCUCUUGUGAAUUGCUUCACAUUUUCUAGGAAGACAUCUGUGCGGAUUUCAACAUUUUUUUCCCGCUGGGGGUUCGAUUCAAGGUCAUCUGUGUGGAUGUAAACGUGGAUUAUAAUUUUGCGUGGAUUACUGCGUCUUUUUUGGCGGAUCCGUUGCUUUUUAAUAAGGAUUUAUACCCGUGUCGAAAUGGAUGGUAAAAUGAAGCAGAGCAGAAGAUCGAGGUCUCAAAGGGACCGGGCGAGGAGGAGAAGGCAAACCGAUGCCAGGGAUGCACGGGAUCCAAGUCCUUCUUCUGGAUCGGAUGGGGAGCAGAGCCCCGGUAAGGAAAACACUGGCCCAAACAACAAAAAAGCCGCCCCUCCGGCCAGAAACCCCAGACCCCCAAGGCGAAGAAGACGGGAGUCCAGCUCCCAGGAAGAAGAAAUAAUUGAUGGAUUUGCUAUAGCCAGCUUCGUGACUCUGGAAGCCUUGGAGAAGGACAUGGCCCUGAAGCCUCAUGAACGUAAAGAGAAAUGGGACCAGCUGCUGGCAAAGAAACGGAAGGAGACGGUUAAACACAUACCUACAGAACCCCGUGUGAAUGGACACUAUAUUGAUAUGGGCAACUCAGAGAGAGAACAGGAGCGUGGGAAGGAGCAAGUGAGAAAGAAACUACCGCUAAGGCCCUUCAUUCAGAUGAGGGUUUACUCAAGAAGAAUUGGAAAAAACAGUGAAGAGGAUAGUGUCCAAGAAGCUACAAGUUCACAGCGGAGCAGUUCCAGGGACCGCCUCACUGAUAGUUCAGCUCAGUCAUUUUCAGGAAGAGGUUACUCGUGUGACAGCGACAGUGACAUUGAUGACAAGGCUUCUGAUGCAAGUUUUGAGAAGCUGUUUGCACCAUCAGUAUGCAAAGGUCUGAUUUUGAAUGACAAGUCAGAAAUUAAAGUCCCAUCUGUUCUGAAGGUUUCUGGGUUAGAACGAAGCCAGGAACACUGCACAGAGAUUUUGUUUUUCCAACCAGUGCCAAGUCCACAGCCAGCUCCUCCUACUAUUGGGCCACCAGUUAUUCCAGUGUCCACAACAAACAGCAGACCAAGCACACCAGUGAAAAAGGAGCCAAUACCACCACCAGAAAUACCUCCACGACUUACACCAGAGCCACAACUGCUGCAAGAGCAUCGCCCUGUCCCUCCUGUGGCUCACGUCCCUCCACCCAGCAGUCACCCAGUGUUUCAUCAAAUACCAUACAGUAGCCACAGCAUCAGCAGGAGCAGUAGUACCAGCAGUACUGCAAGCAUCAGCUUACCCAAACACCUGCCGCCAUCACCUCAGCUCCACUUGCACCCUCCAUCUGGCCAGCCUGUGCCCCUGUCCAUCUCCAAUCUUACUACCUCGCACUACGCUUUGAGACCCUCACCAGUUCAGCACCAUCCGGCCAUGUUUGCAACCCCUGCUGCACUACCACCUUCAUCAGCCUUACCUACCAACAGCCUUGUAAUACCUGGGCAUCCUGCAGGACCAGGCUAUUCAGAUCAUGAACUUCUCCGUCAAGAGUUAAACAGCCGUUUUUUGGUUCAGACUUCUGACCGGACGGCAACAUCCCUCAGCUCAGUGCCACUGCUGAGGGCCGAGUUGCACCAACACACUCACCAGCAUCAGCACCAGCACCAACACACGCAUCAGCACACAUUCACUCCUUUUCCACCAAGCCUGCCCCCGACGCCAUUUAUAUCGCCCACUGCACCACCCAUGGUGCGUGCCCCCAUCCGAAAUUUUGAGAAGUAUGCACCUAAGCUGGAUAGCACAUUUUUUCGACAUCCUUCUUUUUAUCCAUCGUAUCCCACAACAGUGCCUAGUAUGCCUACAAUGUUACCACACUCUGGACACUUUGGGUCUCUCCAAGGUGCAUUUCAACCGAAGACACCAAAUCCUGUUGAUAUAGCAGGCAGACCAGGUGCAGUUCCUCACACACUACUCCAGAAGGAUCCUAGGGUAACAGACACAUAUAGGCCUCCAGUAAGGAAACCUGGCAAGUGGUGUGCGGUUCAUGUACAGAUUGCGUGGCAAAUCUACCAUCACCAGCAGAAAAUGAAGCAAAUGCAUGUAGAACCUCACAAACUGGACAUCAAUGGGAAACUUGACCUCUUCAGUCGAGCUCCAGGACCUGGUGCUUUUCCAGGAUUCCCUUACUCGCAUGACCUUGCUAGACCUCUGCUGUCUACUACAGGGGCAACACACCAGACUGCUACUCCAUAUGGACCUUCUCCACAUCACAGCAGCUUCCUACCCGCCAGUCAUCUGGCAGGUAAGUAUCCAUUCAGCAGGCCAGGUUCUUUUGGCGGCCUUGGAAAUCUGAGCAGCAGUGCCUUUGGAGGGUUAGGAGCUCACACACUCGGUUCUAGCAGCCUUUUUGCACACAAAGACAGCACAAGCCUACAAAGUUUCAGCAGUCCUCAUGAGCAGUGGAAUAGACUUCAUCGGACCCCACCUUCAUUUCCAACUCCUCCACAGUGGCCUAAGCCAGGAGACACUGAACGUAGUUCUUCUAUAAGCAGUCACGACAGAGAUGGAGAGAAGCGGGAUUCUUCCACAAGCAAGGAUGAGCGGGAGAGAGAGAGAGAUAUCAUGGAUAAAAAUAGACAUUCCAACAGAUCUUCACCAGCUUCUGCUCCAGUAACUCAUCAGAUUAGCAAUCUGAUCCGCAGCAGCAGCCAAAAUUCUAUUGAACCUGUGAGGCAGAUCGCUGCCAGUGAUCGUGAAAGAUCCAAAGAACUGGAACGAGAGCACUCUGAGCGUCUGAAGGCAUCCACACCUGUGGAACUUAAAGUCAAGCAGAGUCGCUCCCCUGUAAAGGACCUUCUAAGCCAUGAAAGAAAAGCUUCAGAAGACAACAUAAAACCAGUCAUCCGAUGCACUUCUCCAUACAGCAAACCUGUACUGACUGGAAGCAUGAAGCUCAGCAAUAUAGAAAGCAAAGAAACUGAGAGAAAACCAGAACUGCUUAGGGACCACCAGAAAAUAAAGAAUGAUGUCAAAGUAAAAGAAGAGUGCAAGGAAGACAGUGAUGUUGUGUUAGUGGCCUCUGAAUCUUCACAGCAUAGCAGGAGUGCUGACCAUUCCACAGCUGCAACUUUACAUGGGCAUUCUGUACCUUCCUCUGUAACUGGCAUGCCCUUUUCACCAGCCACUGUUGGCCACCUGAAUUUAGAGCAUGCCAGAAUGGUUGGACCUUUGAUGAAUAUUAGUCCUUUAGUAGGAAGAGAAAGAUUACCCCAUCCUGGAUUUGCAUGGGACCCAGUGAGAGAUACUUUAAGGGAUCCAUAUCGAAGCUUAGACCUUCAUCGUAGAAUGGACUUCCAGUUACGAGCAGAUCCCAUGGGUAGAUUCCCUACCACAGCAGGGUUUUAUGAUCCUGAAAGGGCUUAUAGAGACAGGGAGCCCCAUGACUACAGUCACGAAGCCAUCCUUGAUGCCCGACGUGAGCAUGAGCGGAUGCCCCAGUUAUUAGAACGGGAGCGCUUACAUCUGCGAGAAGAGUUCGAUCGUGCCAGGAUGCAGCAUCUGCAUUCAGCUACCAUUGACAGUCAUUUGACACAUGUGCCUCCUUUUAUGUCUCCUUUAAGUGGAAUGCAUUAUGCAAGAUUGAACUCUCCCAAUGCAGUGCAUAAUGGGAUUUUAAACAGGACCCCACCCACUGCAGCUCUAAGUGCCCCUCCACCUUUGGUACCAGCAAGCAGCACUAGACCAGUCUCCCCACGUAGGACUACUCCACUCACAAACUCUGAGUCUAGGGACUAUUCGCCCUCUAGGAAUCCCAAAGAAGUGGAGGCACGAUAGGUCUUGCUACAGAAUUUUAGAACUACUACAAUACAAGUCUUUUGCAAAGUAUGCACUGCUUAAAAUUCAAGUGACUAGAUAUUUGAAAUACUGAAGCACAGCUAUGUGGGUUCAGUGUAGGGAAGGGGAAAUCACAAGAAUUACCAACUUUCUUUACCAGAAAAUAACUUGUAAUUGGAAUUUAAUAUAUAAUUAUCAAUUAGAAAACUAGGUUUCUGUGUAAGAAUGGUUAUUAAAAAUAUGAAGUUUGUACAUUUCAUUUUCUGAGGAUAAAAUUAAAUUUUUUAAAAUUUGUAAUUUUUUAACUGCAUUUUUUUUUUUUUUGCUUUUAUUUGCUUGUCUUUUUUGUUUCUGAUUGUUUUUCUGUUUUUAGCAGAAAUCAAGUGGCCUCAGCUCUUUCAGGUAUUAUCCAGGGUUUGUUAAAAGUAUUAUUUAAAGAAAUACUUUUGUUGCAGUUCACUGUGAGGUUUUAAUUCUGAGGCCAAAUUCAUACUUAACUUUACCUGGUACUUGAGAACCGAAGCUUGCAGGUGUAUAAUACUUGUGUACAAAGCCUACAUUGAUGUUUUUUUCUGCCUUAUGAUGAUAUGCAGACUAUUUGAAAAAAAAAAUGUUCCUUCCAGUUUCCUGUAAAAAGUAUGGAAAACAAUUGUAAAUAUUCUGUUAAUAUUCAUAAAUGUAAACCAAUAUUAAAUUCUUUACAUUAAGUAGA